GGUGAUUUCAUUCGAUCUCAAGAAAGCCUUUGAUUCCGUUUCUCACAACAUCAUUUGUAAGAAGCUAGGAAAAACCAACAUUAAUCCAUAUGUAAUAAAUUGGAUUAGAAAUUUUUUGACUGAUAGGAGACAAAGAGUAAUAGUAAACGGAAUAGAAACAAAUUAUGUAGACAUAAACAAAGGAGUACCGCAAGGCACAGUUCUUGGACCAUUUCUAUUUUCCUUAAUGAUAAAUGAUCUAACAGUCAAAGAUCCAAAUAACAACAUACUAGUCAAAUUUGCAGAUGAUAUGACUGUUAGUGCUCCAGUGAAAAAUAAUUAUGACUCCGCACUAACUGAGGUAGACAAUAUUGAAAAAUGGACGGAAACAAACAGAAUGUCAUUAAAUCUAGAUAAAACAUGGGAAAUGGUUGUAAGUGGCAAAUCAACAAAUCCUUUACCAGAACCAAUAACGGGUAUCGAACGCAAGACUUGGCUGAAACUAUUGGGAACUACACUGCAGAAUGAUCCAAAUUGUUGGGACCUUCAAGUUAAUAAUUUGAUAUCUAAAGCUAGCAGUCGAAUGCACAUUUUGAGAAUAUGCAGAUCGUAUGGUUACUCUAAAAAAAAAUUAACAAUUCUCUUCGACGCACUUAUUAUGUCUUUAUUUUCUUAUGGAAUCGAA